AUGCCGGCUGUUUGCAUGGGCGACGGCCCAGAGGGAGUCGGUAAUAACCUCAACAAUGUCACGACUUUCCCCGCGCCCGUCAUGAGCACCGCAGCAUGGAAUAUGUCGCUCGCCACUCGUUUUGGCGAGGCCCUUGCUCAGGAGCACAAGGCCAAGAGACGAAAUGUUGUGCUGGCGCCAAAUAUCAACAUCGUUCGAACCCCUCUCUGGACCCGAGCAGCAGAAUCCCUGUCCGAGGACCCCUACCUGAACAGCCUUGUAGGUGUCGCGAUUGCCAAGGGCAUUCAGUCUCAGGAUAUGAUCGCAUGCCCCAAGCAUCUGGCAGCGUACAACCAAGACACCAACCGCUUCGGAGUGGCCCGGAAUUUGAUGCCAUCGAUGCCAUUGUGGAUGAACGCACGAUGCAGGAAGUCUACUUGCAAACCUUCAGGGCAGCAGUCCAGGAAGGUCAAGCCGACUCUGUGA